GAAAAAGUUGUGUUGUUUGUUGUGAAUCUCGUGUUAUUUUUAUAAAUGUAAUACUGAGUUGUUGACAAACGGGAUCAAGUAAAUCCAAAUCCAUUUUGCAUUUAGUUACCAAGGAGUUACGAACGGUUAUGCUGCAGUAAUGGCCAGUACAUUAGAUUCAGUUGAAGAUGAAUCUUUCAUCAUCUUAGGGUCUUCCCCUGGAACUAGUAUGGACGUUAAAUGCAAUGGUGCCGGUCUACCGAUAACUGAAACACCUCUAAAAGCGGCUGAUAUUGAGGAGGCCAUGAAAGAUCUGUCUCUGACCGCAAAUAUGGCUUUCAAGGCUCAUUUCAAGCUUGGUGAUUGUCCGUCCCCAGCCAGUCUGAUGGCAGCCAGCACCAUAGUAUCCGAAGACAAGACCACAGAGCAGCUGCAGAAGAGAUUCGGGGAGAUCCUGGACGAAAAUGUCAUCCUCAAAGAGACUUUAAAGCAGAACAACGAGUCUAUGAAAGAACAGUUCCUCCUCAUAGCGUCCUGUCAGGAAGACAUGCUGAAUACCCACAAGAUGCAUAGGGAGAAGUUUGAGGAGACGCGCGGAUUGGUGGAGAAGUUACGUAUAGAGAACAAAAAACUCAAGAUGGAAAUGUCGCGGCUAUCCGAUUCCGCGUCCAAUUCGCAGCCCAACAGUGUCAACGCAGUGGAUAAUCUGACCAAAUCCCAGCAGUUGCCGGAUCAGUCGGGUGAUAAAUCCGGCGAGCAGUCUGCUCCGCUGUCGACUAUCGAGUUUGUGACGUCGCCUGACGAUGACGUCAUCAACAAGUUGACGGCUCAACUUGAGCUGGUUGAGAAGCAACGGAGACAGGUGAUAGUGGACAACGAGAAGCUGUCGUGGCAGAAGGAGUCCCUGGAGAGCAUCGUGGACGCCACCAGCAAGGAGAGAGAUGCACUCAAGGAGAAACUUAGGAACGCAGAGUUGGAGUCAUCACGACGCGAGGAGGCGCUGGUAGAUGAGAUGAGGGUGCUGAAGUUCCACUUCGAACAGCUGCACAAGAAGCACGAGCAAUGCAGUAGCAGUGUGCAAGAAACAUCAACAGAAGAGUUGAACCGUCGCGACGCCACAAUACAGCAGCUGGAGCGCAAAGUUACCGCGCUGUCGGGCGAGCUGCAGGCCGCUCAGAUGAAGAUAUUCGAGCACGAGAGCGUUAAGAUGGAGUUGGCGCGACAGAAGGCAGGCAACGCGGACAUCGUGAAGAUGUACCGGGAGCAGCUGCAGGACCUGCACAACCGACUCAAGGAGGCGCAGACCACGGUGUUCCAGCCGAUCCGCUUCUCAAUGAGCACGGACUGCGACGAGUCUAGCUCAGAGUUCGCGAGCUUUGUGUCCAACGUGAAGCUGUACGAUAGGACCCUCAAACACCUGGCCGACCUGCUCAAUGCCAUCACGCAUGGCACAUCAGACAGCCUAGUGGAGUCUCUGGGUCUAGUCCAAAGCCUGCAGGGGUUGAAGCUGGACCGGGGCAGUGCGGACGAGGCCCGUGCCAGUGUGGGAGAACUCAAGACUAUGUUGGAGAGACAACAUAGCGCCGCACUGAACCAUAUUGCUCAAAUAAGAAGUACCUUGGGGAUAUUUGAAGGAAUAUUCCAAGACUACAAGGAAAUACUUAAGAAGGGUCUCACUAAACCGGAGAAGCCCCCUCAAAGCUCCAACGUAGAAGCGCUAACCUCCGCCCUCCUCGCUCGCGGCACGGAGAUCGAGGAACUGAAGCUGGAGCUACAGGGUGCUCGCGCGCAGCUGCUGGCCAGCGUGUCGCUGACGCAGGACGAGGCCGCGCUACUGCAGGCACAGCUCGAUGUCUACAAGAGUGACUUCGAGGCGGAGCGCGCGUCCCGUGAAAAGAUGGCGAGCCAGAAGGAGGAACUCGCGACCGCGCUCCGAGCGGAGCAGAAGAAGACCAAGGAACUGACUGAACAGUUGGACGAGGUGCGCAAGUUGAACCCCGUGGUACACAAGUCUGCUGUGACCAAGAAGAAGGCAGCCGUCGCCGCCACCGCCGCUGCAGCCGCCGCCAGUGGCGCCGCUAGUGGCGCCGCCACCGGGAAUAUGGUGUACAAGUGCCCCAAAUGCAUGCGUUUCUCCAGUGACCAGUACCAUGUUAUGGAAGAUCACUUCGACCUCUGUCUCGACGCAGACUAUAUGUAAAGUAUGUUGGCCUCUUUCUUUCGUAUUUGUUUUUAAAUGUGAUAGACAAGGACGGAUAGCGAACUGUUGCCUAAGAGAAUGGAGUUUUAUAGUAUUUUUUUAUGGUUUGCGACGGAAGGAAGGAGUGAAUGGAUUUACUUGUUAAUUUUUCCAUUAAUUAUGUCCGUCAAAAUUGAUUUAUAAUAUCAAAACCUGUAGUGACUGAUCAAAAUUUGUACGUUGGUCUUUCACGUCACUGCUAGACAUCGGCAUAUGUGCUUAAAGUAUAGUAAAUUACUUCAUUGCAGUGAACUACUGGAAAUCUAACGCUCCGUUCUUUAAAUUUGAUUGUGAUAAAAAAGUGAAUAUAAUUGUUAGAGUAAUAGAAAUUAUAUUUUGAUAGUUACUUUAUAGGUACUUAGAACAUUAUUUCGUAUAUGCCAAAUUAUUUCUAAAAUGUUUAUUAAGACACUUGUGUAGAUAACCUUAGCCUUGAUAAGUUGAAUGUAAAAUGUUCUCAAAAGGCUGUAAGGCACCCUAAAAAAAACGUUAUGAUCUGAUAUUUUAUUAAAAACACCUUACAUUUUAAACAGUAUAAACUAAACAUGUAUUUUUUUUGGAUUAAAAGAAUAUUGGUAACGAUUCCUAAAAGACAGUCGUAGCGUGGGACGCCCUCAAGCUCGCUAGACCGACCACCUUUUCCAGUCCCGUGGGUCGAAGCUACAGUUACAGUAUUACUUCUAAAAGUUUGUUUAUGGGGUUUUUCUUUGACAAGUGAAAAUAAAUUAAGUCACUAGUGCCAUUAAUUAGUAUAGGAUAGUUAUGUGUAGGUAAACAUAAAAUAGAAUUAUAUUCCAAAAAUAUUGUAUUUUUACUACAACUCUGAAAAAAAAUCAUGAUAAAUGUAUACUUACCUAACUCUUCAUAAUUCGUAAUUUUCAUUUUUAAAUUAAUUGACAUUUAUAAACAUAAGUAUUUUUUUCUAAACAUUAUGACAUAUUUUUUUUCCUAGUUUAGUUUUUAUUAUCUCUCUCUGUAUAAUCAUUAAUUGUUAAAUGGUCCUUAAUGAGAUUUUAGUGAAAAAGAACUAAGUAAUUACAUAUGUUUGUUAUUCACGUGUUCAUCAAAAAAAUAUUUGUUACCAUCAUGCCAUUAAAUAGACUUAUAGACAAAUGUUUCACUAUAAUUAUGAUUGUUUAAAAUAAAGUUAUAUUUUCGUAA